UAGCGCGGGGGCGACGGAGGAGGCGUCCGCGCGGUGCGUGGUGGCUGCUCACAAAUUGCCGGGCAGAGCCCGCUGAGGAGGUGCCGCAGCUGAUGAGCGCCUAAUUGCUGUCCCUGCAUCAGCAGCCUCUGGGAAGCAGCAUCCUGGGAAUUGCUCGCCCGGCGCUCGGAGCAGCCGGUCACAUGAGCCUGAAUUUUCGGUUCAGUUCAUUAGUCAGCCAUUUUGGUCGACACCCUGCUCACUGCGCACAACCAAUCCUAUCGGCACUCGCCGCCCUCCCUUCUCCGGGAAGAAAGGGACCAGCAGUUUGAUUUCAGCAAGCCUGGACAUCUCUCUCUACGCUCUGCCUUUUGUUUUUGCUUGGGUAAUCAUCAGAGGAAGCCAUUCUUUUUCCUUCUUUUGAUAUUUUUUUCUUUUUAUAUUUUUUUUUACUUUUUUUUUUUUCCUUGCCUCCUGUCUUUGAUGCAGAAGCCAGGUUUUCUGUGGUGGCAUAGGAUCGAUAGCCUCUAGCAUAGCUGAAGACGACGGCAGUUGGUGGAAAGGAGGGGGGAAGAGACGAGCGUGAAGGAGCAGCGCUUUUACCUUGCUUUAUACAUGAAAAGGCCAGAGCAGGCUGUGCGAUCCUGAGCAUAUCUGCCCUUUAAUAGCAAGGUAUUGCUUAUUUUCUUCUUCAGAAAGCUUUUCUUUUUAGUUCUUAUUUUUUUCCCCCCCGUUGUUGUUGUACCAGCUGAGUCAUCAUGUCUGCUCUGACGCCUCAAAGCGACAUGCCAACCCCCACCACAGACAAGAUCACUCAGGCUGCCAUGGAGACCAUCUAUCUUUGCAAAUUCCGAGUGUCGAUGGAUGGAGAAUGGCUCUGCUUGCGCGAGCUGGACGACAUCUCCCUGACACCCGACCCAGAGCCUACCCACGAAGAUCCUAAUUAUCUCAUGGCUAAUGAACGCAUGAACCUGAUGAACAUGGCGAAACUGAGUAUCAAGGGGCUGAUUGAAUCGGCGCUUAACCUGGGCAGGACGCUGGACUCGGACUAUGCACCUCUUCAGCAGUUCUUCGUUGUGAUGGAACAUUGCCUUAAACACGGCUUGAAAGCCAAAAAGACUUUUCUUGGGCAAAAUAAAUCAUUUUGGGGACCUCUAGAGCUUGUAGAAAAACUUGUUCCUGAAGCUGCAGAAAUUACAGCAAGUGUCAAGGAUCUCCCGGGGCUGAAGACACCUGUGGGGAGGGGAAGAGCUUGGCUUCGCCUGGCUCUCAUGCAGAAGAAACUUUCAGAAUACAUGAAAGCCUUGAUUAACAGAAAGGAUCUUCUCAGUGAAUUUUAUGAGCCUAAUGCACUGAUGAUGGAAGAAGAAGGUGCGAUCAUUGCUGGCCUGCUAGUAGGUUUGAACGUCAUCGAUGCAAACUUCUGCAUGAAAGGAGAAGACCUGGACUCACAGGUUGGAGUUAUUGAUUUCUCAAUGUAUUUGAAAGAUGGGAACAGCACAAAAGGCAGCGAAGGAGAUGGUCAGAUAACUGCUAUUUUGGACCAGAAGAACUAUGUAGAAGAACUCAACAGGCAUUUAAGUGCUACAGUAAACAACCUACAGGCCAAGGUGGAUGCCUUAGAAAAAUCCAACACUAAACUGACCGAGGAGCUUGCGGUUGCAAACAACAGGAUUAUUACACUGCAAGAAGAGAUGGAACGGGUUAAAGAAGAAAGUUCGUACAUCUUAGAGUCCAAUCGUAAGGCCACUAAAGACAGAACUGCUGAUGGACAUGCACUGACUGAGGCACGAAAACAGCUAAAGGAGGAGACUCAGCUGCGGCUGGAUGUGGAGAAAGAGCUGGAGGUGCAGAUCGGGAUGCGACAGGAGAUGGAGCUGGCCAUGAAGAUGCUGGAGAAAGAUGUUUGCGAGAAGCAAGAUGCGCUGGUGGCACUCAGACAGCAACUGGAUGAUCUCAGGGCCCUAAAGCAUGAACUGUCUUUCAAGCUGCAGAGUUCAGACAUGGGAGUGAAACAGAAGAGUGAAUUAAACAGCCGUUUGGAAGAAAAAACAAAUCAGAUGGCUGCCACUAUCAAACAGCUUGAACAAAGAUUGCGACAGGCAGAGAAGGACCGGCAGUUGGCCCAGCAGGACAACCGGCUCUUCAAGCAGGAGUUUGGGGACAAAAUCAACAGCCUCCAGCUGGAAGUGGAAGAGCUCUCCAGGCAGCGGAGCCACCUGGAACUAGAGCUGAAGCGGGAAAGAGACAGAUGGUCACACAGUCACCAGCGCAGCCAAGAAAACAAAAAAGGCACAAAGAAUUGGCUAAGACAGGAUGGGAAGCUCAAAAUCCAGGAAGAAAACGCUAAAGUGAAACAGCCCCAGAGAGAGGAGAACAGCGUCCUGCCCCACAAGUCACCGAGCGGCACGCAGGACGAGCAGGAACAGCUGUCAGGACCGGGAAAUGCCGAGAUGUGCCAGCUCUGCCAGGAAGAAAGCAGCCGAAGUGCAAGAAAGAACAUCUGCAAGAACUGUGGCGGCAUCUUCUGCGAAGCCUGCUCGGCCAACGAGCUGCCCCUGCCGUCCAGCAUUAACCCCCAGCGCGUCUGCAACCGCUGCCACGCGCAGCUCAUCCAGCAGUACUCCUCCAGCCCCUUGUAGCGGACGCCGUGCAGGGAGAGCUCACCAACAAACGGUUGUGGCUGAGGAUGGUUUGUGGAGUUGUUCAGGGGGAGCGUGAAGAGAAGACACUUGCCUGCGUUCUUUGGAGGCCAGAUGGGAAGCAGCUUUGUGGUGUUUACAGUUUCUUGUGGCUUAGAACAGUCUGAGCCUUCCCUCUACAAAAACCUUGCCGGCUCUCGGCGCUGAGCUUGUGCUGGGGAGAGCGGCUUUGGGAAUGUCCCCAAGGUGUCCCCACGCAGGGAGAACAGAGCGCCCUCGCCCCAAAAUGAGCCCCGUGUGUGUGUGUGUCUGCCUGUGCAAGUCAGGAAUGGUCGUGUCCUCAAAUGUGUGGCGUGAAAGCUGCUGCUGCUAAGCAAAACCUCGCUGGAAGCACGACAGGAGGGUUUUUAAUCCUCCUGUCUGGCUGCACUUGAAAUCCCAUUUCCCUUUCCCAGUUGCCUUUGACAAUCCGGCUCAGCCAUGAUACGUCAGUGCCGGGUGUCCGGAGGCCAGGUGAGAGGGCCCAAAACACUUUUUGGCUUCAUUCCUUGGUCUCAGCCCUCCGGCCCUGGGCUUGCUGUGCGAAUCGGCGGGGGGAAAUCUAACCAAGCUGUGAAAGUUCUGAAGUUCCCCUUCUACGUUUGAGGGGCUGGGGGGGCAGGGGGUGCCCGACGGGAGAACUGAGGACCUGCACUGAUCUGGUGUGGGGGUGCCCCGAGGCAUCUCGGGCCUUCCUCUCGGGAACCCUCACGGGGACUCGGUGACUGCGCAGCAGUGUCGAAAGCGACGGAUGUCACCGCACCUCCCACCGCGGUGUGGGAACCGGAGGCAUCGGAUCCCCCGGCAUUUAGAUACCAAAUCCUCGUGAUGACACAGAUUUAGGGCUGCUUCGCUCCACCUCUCCCCCUUGUCCACAUCAAAAAAAAAAAAAAAAAAAAAAAAAAAAAAAAAAAAAAAAAAACCAACAACAAACAAGAUUGUAAUAAACCUGGCAUUUCGCUUUGUUAUUUGUUAGACCAAAAGGAAGGCGAGAUGCAAUGGGAAUGCUUUUUGCCUACUAGAAAUUCUAAUUUGAAACACAGCGUAGAGAGGUUUCACACUUCACGCUAACGUCGUUCUUUGUCGUUGUUACCUCAUGAAAUUUUGUCCAAAAAGCGGUGGUUGGUGGCUUCCUCGUGAAGCACGGAGCACGUCAGGGUUGUGUCGGGACUGGUUUAUACUGGAAGCCUGCUUCAGUCUGGAAGACCACAGAAUGUUCUGUAGUCCUUAGGAAACCGGUGUAUUUCUGUGUGACAAAUGCAUUUGGGUUUGUACAAAUUUUAUUAGGGGUUAGCGGUUUAAUUCCUCAGGGGGGAUUUUCUGUUCAUUAAGCGUGGCUGGAACCUUGUUAAAAAGUGUGUCAGAGCUGAGGUAAUUUCCGCGGUCGGUGCUAGUUUGUACCAGGAAUUUUUCUUUCCUAGUUCCCCCCAGGCCUCGGCGUGUUCAGCCACCCAAGUUCUCCGGCCCCUCUUGGUGCCCUUGGAGCCAGAGCGCUUCCCAGGGGGGCAACUUCACAUGGAUUUUCUUUUUCUGCUCUUUUUUUCCACCCCUUAUGAGCGUUACUCGAUCCGUUUCUUUGCUGCUGUCCCGUAAAGCGGAUGAGUAGUCGUAAACAGUCUUGAAAUAGAAGGAAGCCUAGAACUCAAGUGUGGGCCCGCUGCUCUGCGGGGGGGAGACACCAGAGGUGAAUGGAGACAGAGAAUUUAGUGUGAAUGGUUUUGUGUACAGACUGUACGCAUUUACGAGAUUACGAAUUCCUGCACCCAAACCCAGCGUGACUCACGCCCCGAGCAGAAAGUGAGACCCAAACCAUGUCCAUGUUCGAGGACUAAACUGGAAACCCGGCACUUGCCGUAAAUACUGUUAACGGUGGUGUGUCCAGCACGUUGCAGCUCCGGAGGGACGGUUUGUGACUGUCCCGACAGCAGCGGCUGCCGCUCCGCUUGCUCCAAGCGGAGGCUGUGACUGUUGUUCCCGGGGAAAAGUGGGACGGCUGUUGCGCAGCGCCACGGGGUCUGGACAGACGCGCAGGAGGCAGCUGAAGGCCCUUCAGAACCCGGCUCUGCAGCUGCGAGGGCAAGGUCGGAGCGAGACGCUGCCAGCUUGGUGUCAGCACCCACCCCUUUCCGGGCAUCUGGGGCUCCGGGAAUGGCUCUGCCUGGAAGGACGGGAUGUUGUAUGGGGCGUUAUGCCCCGUGAUGCUGCAAACGUUCACAGCACACUUGCUCAGGCUCUGCUUGCAACGCUGGGUGGGGGCUGACGGUGGCUGUUUGGGUGGAUGGGGGGGGAGCAGAGGGCGGUUUUUCUGAUGUUGAUUUUGUUCCAUGUAAUAAUAAAAACUUGAUCACCCGUAUCCUGCCUCCCGCGUGCUUUUUCCAUUCCACACUGCUUUGGCUCUGUGUAUGAAGGGAUUUCAAAACCAGUAAUGGGUGACAGAUACCGAUGGAGAUGGGGAAGCACAGGGUAGGAGGGAUGAGGUACUGGCGCCUGCGGAGGCGCGUACGAGGACGUUAACGUGCUCUGGUUGUGUUAAUU